AUGGCGGACUUCGACGACAUGGACGACUUCAGCGACCACGCGGUGCAGGGGAAGCCCAUCAAGGCCUUCAAGAACGGCCACUUCGACAACCCCAAAGUGCUGUUCGUGCAGCACCACUGGACGUGGGACGAGUUCCUGUGCGCGGCGUCGCAGCGGCUGGAGAUGGUGCCCAUGGCCUCGCGGGUCUUCAACGCGGACGGCGCCGAGAUCGACGACAUCAUGUGCAUCGAGGAGAACGACAUGCUCUUCUUCUCCACCGGGAGGUCCUUCAAGGCGCCCAACUCGGGGGCCGAGGACGCGCAGAACAGCACGGACGAGAAGGUGGCCAACGUGGUGGGGGGCUACAAGGUGACCACGCUGCUGGGCAGAGGGGGCUUCGGAGAAGUGCGACUCGGGGUUCACCAGCUCACGAACGAUAAAGUGGCGCUCAAGUUCAUUCUGAAAAGCGAGAUGGGGUCGUUGGGAGACGUGGAGCGCACUACGACGGAGAUCCAAUGUCUGACGGCGCUGAAUCACCCGAGCAUUAUUAAGUUGCUGCGCGUGAUCAACGAACCCAACCAUAUUGUGUUGGUGUUUGAGCUGCUGGAAGGUGGCGAUCUGUUUCACUACAUCAAGCAAUUUCCGGGUGGUCUGUCGGAAGAGGAUGGCGUUGGGCUAUUCUCUCAGAUCCUUGGAGGUGUUGGCUAUGCUCACAACCAACACAUUUGCCACAGAGAUCUCAAACUGGAAAACAUCCUACUCACCAAUAAAAACGAUAUUUCCACAGCCAAGAUCGCCGACUUUGGUUUGAGCGAUUUCUACAAGCCGGGUGCGAUGAUGAAAACGAGCUGCGGAUCUAUAUCGUACUUGGCACCGGAAGUUUUUCGUGGCACGUCCAAUGCAGGUCCGCCGCUCGAUGUGUGGAGUCUCGGUGUAAUUCUGUUUGCAAUCGUGUGCGGCCGGCUCCCCUUCGAAGGCCCUGAUCUUCAAGGGACUAAUCGACCGAGGGAAAACGUCAUUCGGAACCGAAUCAUGCGAUGUCAGUUUAAGCUGGACCCAGACUUGAGUCCUGCGCUCACAGAUCUUGUAAUUCGGAUGCUCAAGCCUGACCCAAACGAGCGAGCCACUAUCCCCGAGAUUUUCAGUCACCCAUGGGUGCGCGGCACGGCCGGCGCAUCUGGUUGCCUCCCCACUGCUUUUGCGUGUGCUUCUUUGCAAGAUAAUGUUGACGAAGAUGAUGAUGACGACGGGAGCUUCGCGAUCACAUAUACGCCUGCACCUGCGUCCAUGGCAGCCAAAACUAACGACGAUGACAACCCUUCGCCGUCUACGGGAACACCGACAGGAGGGCGGUCACGCGGUGGGAGGAUCAUGGAUAACCCACUUCAGCCGAAGGGGGCAUUAAGAGCAGACAAGCAGUCACCACGACCAAGUGGAACCGGGAGCACAGGAACGAUGACUACGCCAAUGCCAGUAGCGUUAAGUCCUAAUCAUCCUGUCACCUUCAAGCGGUAUGCCUCGUCCACGGGUAAUACUCGUGCGCGGCCACGGCAACCUGUGUCAUCUCCUACAAGUAGUUCAAGUGGUGCAAAUUCAAAUAGCAACGGAAGUGACAAGUCGCAUGCCGAACGAGCUCCAGCGCACGCCGACUCGGAGCGAUUGCCGGUUGCCCACCACAAACACUCAAGACGACGGUCCGAUAACUUUGAUGAUACCAUAGGUAGAAAGCACCACACCCACGCAGAACCUCCGCAAGCAAGCGAAUAA